AAUUAAGUUUGAUAAUGGGUAUUGCUAGGAACUUGGAUUUUUAUAAUACUCGCAAAGAGUUGUAGCUGCCAAAAGGGUGCCUUGAACUCUGUUUUGUGGCAGUUGUCUUGUCUCUCUUCUGCAUACUAGAACCUGAAGGUGUGGUUAUCGGCCAAAACAGCAUUGUUUCGCAACUAAGUACAUCUUCUUGUCUGCUUCUGUGCUGCAUGCUUCCACCACCGUCUCAUCUUGUUGCUUCUUCAUAUAAGUUGACUAAAAUCGCAAGAAAUUUUUUGUUGACCCUUAAGGACUACAGCUGCAUCCUCCUUUUGAAUUGAAGAAGUUUAAGGAUGGAUAGAUAAAAUAUAGAUAUUGACUUGCUGCAUCUUCAUGAAAUCGAAUCAAACUGGGAUUUGCUUAGUGACUAGCUGCAUGUAGUGUCUACUGGUUCCAAUUCUGCAUACUGAUUUGAAUGUUUAUCCUUGUUUCGACGGUAGUCUCCAUGGUGCACCAUUGGGACUGCAAUGACCAGCAUCUUGGUUGUGUGGGAUCAGUAAGUUUGAUUCUAUUUAACUAAACGUGCAGGAGCUAAAGUUCCUGCAUCACCACUUCGGCCAUGUCUUCACAUGCUUCUUCUACAUAGAGUUUCAUGUCUGUCACCUUCAAUUACUUGCCGUUCUGCCUUGCUUAAUGUUGUUCGUCAUUACGCCGAAUGGUUGAAAUUUGAGGAAUUCAUCUUCUCUUGGUCUGUUUUUCCUUGCUGACUGUAAUUCUGACUUUUACCCUCAUGCAUGCCAGAAUACUUUUCUCUGCAUUCAACUUUAUUUGUGGAAUAGUCAUGCUUUAUUUUCAGCUUCAUGAUAGAGUUUUUAAAUAAUGAAAGAAAUAAUUUUCUCAAAGCUAUAUAUUGUUGUAAAAAUAGUCAUUAAUAUUGUUUUAAUUAAUAACCAUUUUCUUUUUUUUUAUUGACAUUGUCAACAAAAUUUAUUAACAAAGUUGUCAAUGGUCAAAAUGGUAAUAAUGACUUAGGAACCACACACUUUGUUUGCAACACGCCACCCACAAUUUUCCUCAUCCACUAAAUAUAUUACCAAGUCAUGAGUCAAAAUCUUCUCAUUACUCUCUGCUUCCAGUAAAAGAGAAACACAACAAAAAACUAGAUCUAAGAAUCUUCUCAUAAUAUUGUUCUUCAAAGUUUAAGAAACAUGGAAAGUGAAGACAUCCUCAAGCAGAAGCAGAAGCUAGAGGUAUCUGAUAUACUCAAGGAAGCUGUUAUGUUAUCUGUCAGAAGUUUCAACUUUAUCAUCUUCACCUUUCUUACCUCUCUCCCUCUCUUUUGUAUGACAGUUUACUUUGAAAUUCAGUUUCAAGAAUUAGUUGAAACUUUUUCUAUUAAUAUUCCAGACGAUGUUCGCUAUGGAUACUUUAAUUCCAUGCUAGAUCGUAUGAAUAAGGAUUAUAAUUACCUUAAGUUGAUUCAACUUGGUUUGGUUUAUAUAUUUCCUCUCCAAAUUCUUGAGUUUGGAACUGCAAUUGUUACUGUAGACUUAGCUUCGAAGCUAAAUACUCAACAAGAGAAGAAAAUGACCCUUAAGGAGAUGUUUGAAAAACCUAUUGAUUCAACAAAACUAAGAGGCUCAUUUCUAACUUUUGUCUAUGUUGUUUUCUUGACAACUACUCAUCAACUUGGAUUACUAUGGAUAGUUAUAAAUUACCAUAUUUGGUUGAAGGAUUUCAGUUUUGUGGUUUUUCCUGUGAUUUGCAGCUUGUUGUUUGCAAAGUUGUUACUGAUGUAUUUAGAAUGGAGUUCUAUGUGGAAUAUGAGUAUUGUAAUCUCAAUUCUGGAGGGUAUAUAUGGUAUUGAAGCAUUAGCGCACUCUAUUAAUUUUAGCAGAGCCUGUCACAGAAAAGGGCUUUUUUUGAUGCUGAUUUUCUUUGCAUGGGGACAAUUAUUAAGAUUUUCUUGCUACUAUAUUGGAGGAUAUAAACAAGGAAAUGGAACUUUUAUACAAGUUGGUUUGGUCUGCAUGGUGAUUCCAUUGAAAUGGGUAGUUUUCAUGAUAUAUUUCAAUGAUUGUAAGGAGAGAUACUUGGAAAAGAAAAUGGAUGUGGAAUCAGGUAAAGAUGUUAGAGUUCCUCAGAAGUAAGAUUGAGCUAGUUUUCUGGUUAUGCAGCCUACUUAAUAUGAUCAAAUAAUAAAUGUUAUCAACUAAUGUUAUGUGAUUGGUUUGUUUAUAGUUGCCAUGAUAUUAGCUGCAUUCUAUUGCUAUACUCUUGAUAAUGUAAUUCCCUAUUUUUCUCAUGACUAUCCAACAACCUCCUAUGAUUGUUGGUCCUCUUUCUCUCCUUGUUAUCGGUCUCGUGAAGUAUACUCAGAUGUCAGAUUUUGUCUAUUCCAAUUACUAUACUCUUUUUCUUCUUUUUAAA